AUGUCUUUCCGGUUACAUCUCAUCCGACACGCAGAGGGAACCCAUAAUCCCGGCCAUAAUAUGACUAUCCAUGACCCGCCAUUGACAGAAAAGGGGGUUGAACAAUGCCUAAAGCUCUGUCAAGACUUUCCAUUCAAAGAGAGUGUUGGCCUUGUGAUGACAUCUCCACUCCGACGCACUCUUCAAACAGCCCGUCUGGGCUUCCAGCAAACCAUCGAUGAGAAGUAUUACGCCCAAGGCUCCAGGGCCGGGGUUCAAAACGGGGCACUUCUUUUGUUAGAACCAGAUGUGCAGGCACACUCUGCUCGGCCGUGUGAUACUGGCUCAGACAUCGCUAUUUUACGUUCGGAGUUUUACGAUCUCCCCUGGGAAAUUUUAGAUAUGGACCCCGCGUUCCCAGCAAAGAAAGGUCUUUAUGCCUGUGAUUCAGAGCACUUGAAGCUCCGCGCUGCACGGAUCCAGCGUCGAUUGGAGCAGAAAUUCAACGAACUAAAGGACGGCGGAAGGCCUGACAUUGUCGUUGUUACACAUGGCGGAUUUUUGAGCUCUGUCAUCGGUCAAGAGAGAACAGAAGUUGGACAGGCGAAAUGGAAGAGUUUCAUGGUGUCAUUCGAUAAGGACUCGAGAAUUGUUGUGGAAUCAGCUUUGGAAUAA